UCCCACAAUAUACGUCUCCAAUAUUUUUUCUGCUAUACUUUUAUGACACACAAAGUGAGUUUGAGAACAGAAUAAACAUAAUGCAAAAUCAAGUUUUGUCAGAAGCAGUUGUACAGAUGCUCAUGAAAAUUUUAGAGAUCAACCCGUAUGCAAAAUUCUUUCGAAGAUUGAAAGAUUAUCCUUCAAUGGACAAUGUUCAGCUUCAUAUUUCUAAAGAUGUCAACUUAGAUCAACGAGUAUAUAAUUCUCCACAUGCAGAUCAAGUUGCAGCUAUAUGGGUUGAGGGAAAUAAUGAAAAUAUUCCAUUGGAGCGGGAUAUUGUAGUUCAUGCUCAUUCCGGCGACAGACAUAGAAUAAAGCAUUAUUAUGGAUGUUAUGAUCCUUUGCAAUAUCCACUUCUUUUUCCAAUGGGCGAAACAGGUUGGCAUCAAAACAUUAGAAAGAUUGAUCCAGCAUCUUUGGUUCGUAACACAAAUUAUGUUUCUACUUCUACUUCAUUAGCAAGAACCAUAACUGCAGGCGAUAUUAUCUCCAAUGAAGAACAAGGUGUUAGAAGAGAAAAUGUUAAGAAUGUAUCAUGCCGAGAAUAUAUUUGCUAUAAGAUACAGAUUAGAAAUCCAAGACAAUCCAUAUUCUUAUUAGCUGGAAGAUUAUUACAGCAAUAUAUAGUGGAUAUGUACAUAAAAUUGGAGACAACAAGACUGGAUUAUUAUCGUCAAAACCAAUCAACUAUGAGAGUAGAAUUGUAUCAAGGAAUUGUGGAUAGUGUCUUUAAUGGAGAAUUAAGAGGGAAUGAAGUUGGCAAAAGAAUUGUUCUACCAGCAACAUUUAUAGGAGGACCAAGAGAUAUGCGUCGUAGAUAUCUUGAUGCAUUGACAUUAGUACAAAGAUUUGGAAAACCAGAUCUAUUCAUUACAAUGACUUGCAAUCCAGAGUGGAAAGAAAUACAGCAAGCAUUAUAUGAUGGUCAAACAGCUCAAGAACGUCCAGACUUAACUACACGAGUAUUUCGAGCAAAACUGCAAGACCUGAAAUAUCAAUUAUUCAAGAGGAAAAUUUUUGGACAUGUAGCUGCACAUGUUGAUGUGGUUGAAUUUCAAAAAAGAGGGUUACCACAUGUCCACAUGCUGGUAAUUUUCAAGUCUGGGCAAAAGUUGAAUACGACAAGUGAAAUAGAUAAGUUUGAAAAUGCAAAUGCCAUUAUCCACGUGUCACAGCCCAUUAUCCCAAUGACGGGUUAA